CUAGUUUUUAUACUCAAACUAUGUCCUACAUAAAGAGGACAAAUUUCCAUAUUUAAAAUGUAACAAAAGUACUUGAAUAAGGCCACGAAAAGGCCAGCAGGUUUGGCUUAUAAAAUUGUUGCUUGCCGCGAAUAUUGUAAACUUAAGAGUAUCAUUCAACGAGACAACUAAUUACUUUCUAACUUCCAUGGCCACUACUAAGUUUCUUUUACACUUUCCUACGUUCACAUCGUUGUUUCUAAUUCUUCUCUCCUUGUCUGAGUCAGCGAAUGGCCUCUCAAUCAGAGAAGCCAGAAUCCAUGAUCUUCAAUUAGCCUUUAAGCACAACAAACUCACUUCAAGACAACUUGUUAAGUUCUACCUCGAUGAAAUCAGCAGGCUCAACCCGGUCCUCAAUGCCGUUAUAGAGCUCAACCCCGAUGCGCUUUACCAGGCAGAUAAGGCUGAUUAUGAGCGCAAAACCAAUGAUUAUAGAUCCUACUCUGGCUUGCACGGGAUUCCGGUUCUUCUUAAGGACAAUAUUGGAACCAAGGAUGCGCUCAACACGACCGCUGGCUCCUUCGCAUUGCUUGGCUCUGUUGUGCCUCGUGAUGCCGGUGUUGUGACAAAGCUGAGGAAAGCUGGGGCUAUCAUAUUGGGAAAGGCCAGUUUGAGCGAGUGGGCUCAUUUUCGGUCGCUCAAUGCGCCUAAUGGCUGGAGUGCCAGAGGUGGCCAAGGAAAGAAUCCUUAUGUUCUGUCAGCGGAUCCUUGUGGUUCAAGUAGCGGACCAGCAAUAUCGGUCACGGCAAAUCUUGUGGCGGUGUCGCUGGGGACUGAGACUGACGGUUCCAUUCUGUGUCCUGCAAGUUUUAACUCGGUUGUGGGCAUCAAACCAACUGUCGGACUAACUAGUAGAGCAGGGGUUAUUCCAGUCACCCCUAGACAGGACACUGUUGGGCCUAUUGGGAGGUCUGUGUCCGAUGCUGUUUACGUCCUUGAUGCCAUUGCUGGUAUUGAUUACAAAGACCAAGCAACCAAAAAGGCAUCGAAAUUCAUUCCGCCCGGUGGUUACAAACAAUUUCUUAAUGCUUAUGGUCUUAAAGGGAAGAGGUUGGGGAUAGUGAGGAAUCCAUUUUUCGCUCCUGGAAGCGGAUUUGAUCUUCAAGCAUUUGAAUAUCAUUUCCAAACAUUAAGGCAAAGAGGUGCAGUCUUGAUCGACAACCUGGAAAUAGCAAACAUUGAUGUUAUCUUGAACUUCACAUUGAGCGGGGAAGCAGUAGCCUCAUUGGCCGAGUUCAAAUUGGCAUUGAAUGAUUAUCUUAAAGACCUGAAAGUCUCCCCAGUGAGAUCCUUAGCAGACAUUAUAGCCUUCAAUGAAAAGUUUUCAGAUUUGGAAAUGAUCAAGGAAUUCGGGCAGGACAUAUUUCUUGCGGCCGAAGCUACGAAUGGAAUCGGCAAAACAGAGAAAGCGGCAGUCUAUAAUUUGGCUAGGCUGUCUGGAGAAGGAUUUGAGAAGUUGGUGUGGGACAAUAAGCUAGAUGCAUUGGUGACUCCUGGAUCUAUUGUUUCUCCUGUGCUUGCCAUCGGAGGAUUUCCGGGAAUAAGUGUCCCUGCUGGAUAUGACAAGAAUGGAGUGCCUUUUGGCAUUACUUUUGGGGGACUCAAGGGAUCUGAGCCAAAGCUUAUUGAGAUUGCGUAUGACUUUGAGCAAGCAACUCAAGUUAGGAAGCCUCCUACUUUUCUACCUUGAAAUUUUAGCAUAUUAUAUAUAUCCCCCCCCAACUAGGAUUUUAGUAACUAGUGAGAAAAUCGUCUAUCAAAUAUCGUAGCAAAAAGGGGGGAAAAAAAAGAUCAUAUCUUGAAUAAUGUUUUUCUUAUAAUUUGGAGAAAAUGAUAUGCAUUAGACUGCUGA